GUAUCUAAUACUGUAACAAUAUAAUGUCAUAUUAACGAACUCGAUCUCUAACUUCUGUAUAUGGUAAAGAGGUUAUUAACCAGCCUGCGAAUAAUGACGUAAAACAUUUGUUGAUAGUGCUCGGUACACGUCAGAAAAAACAGUCUGGUCUGAUAUAUCUGUUCACUUUGUACAGCACCACUAGGGCCAAUUGUAUUGCGUAGACCAGUAGACAGAAAAAAAAGCUAUGGGAUCAGUUCAGCAACUCAUUGGCGAUCUCACGACGCUCUCUUUGGAGUCCAAGCGGAGAUUUCCUGAGAUCAGACAGGCUUGUGAUCAUGCUAUAGGACAAUUGAAGCAUUAUGAUCAAACCAUUCCAAUUCAUGAUAUUAAGAUUAAUGAUGAUAGUCUUAUUAAACCAUUCAUAGGAGCCUGUAAGUCAGGAACUGCCAAAUUAAUUACAUUAUCCAUUCCUGUCAUUCAUAAACUUGUAAUGGCCGAAAUAAUACCGCCCGAAUCAUUAAGUGAUUUGGUUAAUGGACUUCAAGAAGCUAGUCAUUUAGCCAUUGAUAUUCAAUUAAGAAUUUUACAAUGUUUACCAGCAUUAAUGCAGAAUUAUCAUGAAUUUUUUACUGGUCCAUUACUUAUCAAAUUAUUAACGGUAUGUUCAAAUCUUACUGCUAAUAAUAAAUCUACGGUGGUUAUUAAUACAGCUUCAGCUACUUUACAACAAUUAUUCAGUAAUAUAUUUGAUUUAACUCCACUUGAUAAAGUUCAAGAAUCAGAAAAAGUUCAUAGUUUAACCAUCGAUAAUGAUGAAAUAAUUAAAGUAGAUGGAGAUUCAUUAGAAUGCUUUAAUAUCUUUCAAGAUUUGUGUAAAUUAAUUGAAGGUGAAACUCCAACUUAUUUUACUAAUGCAAUUCAUAUAAAAGUUUUAUCAGUACUUGAAAUUAUUGAAAAUAUUAUUUCUAAUCAUAAAUCCACAUUUCAAUCUCAUCAAGAAUUAGCAUAUUUAUUAAGAAUUAAAAUUAUUCCUUCAUUAUUAAGAAUUUUAAAUUCUAGUCAUAGAAAUUUCCCCUAUGUAACUAGAACUAUGAGAGUUUUACAUGUUUUAUUAGCAUCUCAAUUAGAUAAUUUAGAAAUAGAAUCAGAGAUUGUUUUAUCUUUCUUAAAUCAUAUAUUAGUAAAUAAUGAUACAGAAAGUUUACCAUGGGAAAAGAUUUUAGUAUUAGAAACUUAUAAGGGAUUAUUUGGUGAUUUUAAUUUUAUAAAAUCAAUAUUUGUAAAGUAUGAUAAUAAUCCAAGAAAGAAAAAUGUCCUUCAAGAAUUAACAUCAAUUUUAAAUACUUUCCUUCUGUCAAAUUCUUAUUUAUUUAGUAAUGUUGUUAAACGUCCUUCAAUUAUUAAUCAACCAUCUUCAACUUCAACUUCAUCUUUAACUUCAACUUCAAAUCUGAAUAAUCUGGUUACUCCUCUUUCUCCAUCAAAACAUCCUGAACAAACUCCAGUAUAUUUAUCUAAGAGUACAUCCAAUUUAAAGGCUCCACUUAUUGAUCAUUUUGAUAAAUCAGAACCUCCAUCUCAAUUACCUAAGACUUAUCCCGUCUAUCUUGUUUUCAAUAUUUUAUUGUCAUAUGCUGAUGGAGUGGCAGCCUUUGUUCAAUCAUUAUCAAAUGAUUCUGAUCCAGCUAAUCUUGAAUCAGAUGUAGAAUUUACUAAUGCUUUCAUAGAAUCCAACUAUAAUGAUAUCUCAAUUCUUUUUGAAAGAUUUAUUUAUUCAGCUAUGGAUGAUGAAAGUUUCCAUUUAUUAAUUAGAUCAUUCCAAAGAUUUGCUCAUUCAACAGGAUUAUUGGGAUUAGGAACUAUUCGAGAUGGAUUAUUAAUUAUAUUAUCUAAUGCAAUAACUAAUAAUGUUUCUAAAGAUGAUAAUAAAGUCUUAUCAACUAGUGGAUCUGGUUUACAAAGUCAAGGUAAACAAUUAUUAGCAUUUGGAGAAUCUUUAGUAGAAAGUUUUAGUUCAACAUUAGGAUCUCCAAAACCUCAACAACAUCAACCAAGAAAUCAACCACCAAUUAUCCGUUCUAGAUAUAUUAAUUCAAGACAUAUAACUAUCUUAAGAGCUUUAGCUAAUUUGGCUGUAUCCUUAGGUUCAACUUUACAAGGAUCUUGGACAAUAAUUUGGAUUACAUUCCAAUGGUGUGAUUAUUUUGUUAAUGGUCCAGAUGAAUAUAGUGGAUAUUAUAACCAUAAGGGCUAUAAAUCAUUUACAGAAUCCAUGUGGCCACAUUUAACACCUCAAGAUUUAAAUAACAUUGAAAUUUCUAGAAAGAAAUUAAUGGAUAACUUUAGAGAGUAUCCAGUUGAAUCAUUCGAUGAGUUAGUUGGUGCUGUGAUUGAUUUAUCCAAGAGAGUUUUCGAACAAAAUACAGAAAAAGAAAAAGUAUAUUCUGGUCUCCAAUUAGAUAUAUGUCCUUACAAUAAAACAUACUUUAUUGAUAGAUUAUUAGAUCUUUCCCAGAUCGAAUCAAAUAAGUUUCUUGUAUUAUCAGAUAAGUCAUGGAGUUUAAUAACCGACUACUUUAUUACUUUUGGAAACAAGAGAAAUAUUUCUUAUUCAUUAAGAUUAUACAUUGUUCAAGCUUAUAAUCAAAUUAUUAAAUCUAUAAGUGAUGAAGGAUUCCGAGUUGAUUCAGAAGAAGUUAAUCAGAAAACUUCAUUUAAAUCUUUAGAUGGAUUAAAUCGAUACCUUGUAGAAUUAUUUAAUUUAGGUAUACCACAAGAAUUAUUAGUAUUAAAUUGUGAAACUGAAAUUCAUUUAUCAACAUUAACUAUAUUACAUCAAUUAAUAGAUCAAUAUGAUUCUUAUUAUAAAGAUUCUUGGAAUACAGUAUUUACUAUAUUAAAUACUCCAUUUAAAGUAACAGAAAAAUCAUUUAGUAAAGAAGAAGUUAAUUUAAGAGAACGUAUUAGAUUAUUAAUUGAAAAAUCUUUUGAUACUUUAAAAUUAAUUUUAGAUGAAUUCUUAACUUCUAUACCUUCAAAUCAAUUAAUAUUAUUAAUUGAUACAUUAUACAAUUUUUGUUCUCAAUCAUUUGAUUUGAAUAUUUCCUUUAGUUCAGUAAGUUAUUUUUGGUUAAUUAGUGAUUCAUUGAAAUCCAGAGUUAUUGAUUCUCAAGAAUUGAAAGUAGUUGAUUAUGCUGUAUUAAAUGAACAAGAAUUAAUUACAAAGAUUAAUAAUACAGAUGAUGAUCAUAUUUUCCAUAUACUAAUCAUUGUAUACUUAUUAUCUAAAUUAGUCAAAUUAUCUUUAGAUCCAAGAGCUCAAGUAAGAGAUGGAUCAAUUCAAACAUUUUUCCAAAUUGUAGAAACUCAUGGAAAUUUAUUAACUACUUCUAAAAGUUGGGAUUUAAUUUAUACAAUUGUAUUACCUACUUUAUUUAAUAUUAAAUUAAGUUUAGAAGAUCCAACUUUUAGUAGAAAAGAAUGGAUUGAAAGUUUACAUUUGAUUUUAACUGGUUUCAAUUUAAUUUACAAUAAUUUCAUGAUUAAUUUUAAUGAUGUACCAUUAAUUCUUGAAAAAUGGGAAAUUUUAAUAAAUUAUUUCCAAAACUUAUUAGAUUUUAAAUGGGUUGAUUUGAAUUUAAAGGUGUUUAAAUCAUUUCAAGAUUUAUUAACUCCUUUUACAAAUGAUAAAGUAGCAGAUUUUAUUAAGAUAAGAGAUUUAUUAUUCAAAUUUUGGGUUAAUGUACCUAUAGAAUAUGAUUUUAUAAAUCCAUUAUAUCAAGAAUCUGUCACUUCUUUAAUGACUUGUUUCCCUCCAUUAUAUCCUAUAAUUAUUUCAAAACCAGUUAGUAAUGAAGAAAUUACUAUUAUCUUGAAUUUAUUAAAUAAAUGUGCUAGAUAUCCUAUUUUACCUAAUAAUCAAGGUGAUGAAUCUAGGCCAUCGAAUUUACAAAAGGCAGUUUUAAAUAAUUUAAGUAUUAUUGAUUUGAAAGAUUCAAGUAUUCAAUCUCAAGUAAUUCAACAAUUAAGUAAUAUAAUUGUUUAUCCUUUUGGAACUCGAUUAAGAAUUGAACAGAAAUUAACUAAUAAUAAAGUAAUAAAUGGUCUGAAAAUUAAAUUACCAACAUUCAUAGCAAUUAGUCAUUUAUCAUUACAAUUACUCAAAGAGAAAUUACAAUCACUUAGUGAAUUUACAGUAUUAUUGGAAGAUAAAGGAGUAAAUAAAAUUUUAAAAUCUUUAUUAGAGGUAGUUAAAACAAGAUCAAUUGGGGUAGCUAAUAGUAAAACACCAUUAUGGAUUGAAUGUAAUGAAAUUGUUGAGAGUAUUAUUAAGAAAUUAAUCGAUAGUAAAAAGAUAAUCGAUGAAGAAUUAUGGAAAUUAUUAGUAGAAAGUAUUAAAAUAAGUUUUAAAGAUGAUCCAAAUGGUACAAGUAAAGAUGAAUUAAUUAAUAUUGAACAAUUUCAUAAAUUAAUUAAAAUUAUCUUACCUACAUUAGUUGAAUCUCCAGAAAAUAAUAGUAUAUUAAAUGAUCUUAUUCAAGCCAUAUAUGAUAAUUCAUUUUUAUAUGAAUUUGAUGAACAAGAAUCAUUAAUAAUUUCUCAUAAUAAAGAUGGUAAACGUAAUGAAAUUAUUGAUGCAAUAAGUUUAUUUGAUUUUAAUGAAACUUUUGGUACUACUAAACCAGUUAGUAAGUUUGCUAAUCGAGCUACAAGAUUUAACUGUUUAAAGGAAUUGGUUAAAUUCAGUAAUUCUGAUUUAACUUUGAGAUUAACCAGUCAAAGCUUUUUCAUUUUAAGAGCUGGGUUUAGUAUAAGAAGAUUUAUUAGUGAUCAAAGAUUACUCUAUAAAUGUCCAAUUUCUAAGAUUCAACAAGAAGAAUUACUUAUAAUUUUACGAGGUAUUGUUGAUAUUAAGAAUAUUGAACAAGACAAUAAGGUUGAUUUCCAAAAAUUACAACGAUUAGUUAUUAAAUUAGUUACAUUUGCUCACAGAAUACCAGAACUUGAUGAGAUAUUAGAAAUUAUCUUACAAAGAUUCUGA